AUAUAUAGAGGAACGAGGAUACGCCGGGAAAUCUGCGCAUCAUUCCAAAGUUAGUGGUUGGUUACUUGCGGCUGAAUGAUCUCCACUCCGCCAAUGACAGCGAAGGGUGUUAUCGUCGCUGUGGCCGUGGUGGUCCUCGGUCUGGUUGUCCGAGUGUCCGCGCGGCCGCAGGAGGUACCGGAGGAGACGACAGGGGAGAAUGGGAAGGGACAAGUGACAUUCCCCAGCGAGUUCGACUUGGAGCAGACUGAAGCGGGACAAACUGAGCCCAGUCCGACUGACGGAGUAACGGAGGCCGAGGCAGACGGAACUCCGGCAUCUGAGACCAAUACUGGCCAAACGGACCUGACUGGUGAGUCUGAGGAUGAGCCGAAUGGAGCUAAAGUAUCUGAGGCAAAUCCGACAGGGACCGAUGAGCCUGAAGUUAUUCCAAGCGAGACUGAUGUACCUGAGACCAGUCCAAACGAAGAAGAUGAGUUGUCUGAGCUUGAACCAAGUGAAACUGAAACACCCGAGGGCAGCCCAGUUGAUACCGACGUACCUGAAUCCGUUCCAAGUGAAACAGACGCAUCUGAAAACACACCCAGCGAAAUUGACGAAACUGGAACCGGACCUGACCAGAUCAACAUGACGGAUAUCCAACCAGACGUGAAUGAAGACAAUCCCGAAGAAGCCGACAUUUCUCUGCCCAUACCAAUUGAAACUGACGCUAAACCAAAUGAAACAGAGUCAGAAACGAGUGAAACAAACACGGAGAAGACCAAACCGAGCGAAACAGAGUCAGAAACGAGUGGAACGAACACGGAGCAGACCAAACCUAGCGAAACAGUGUCAGAAACGAGUGGAACAAACACGGAGAAGGCCAAACCGAGCGAAACUGAGUCAGAAACGAGUGGAACAAACACGAAGACCAAACCGAGUGAAACAGAGUCAGAAACGAGUGGAACAAACACGGAGAAGGCCAAACCAAGCGAAACAGUGACCAAACCAGGAGAUACGACCAGUCCCAAUACCAGUACAGACCAGCCCAAACCCUCCACCACGAAUGCUGCGACCGACAAGACCACUUCAACGACAACAACUCCAACAACAACGAAAACGACUCAGGCCACGAGACGACCCACUGCAGCCACGAAGAGACCGAGCCUAGUUGGUGGGUCUGGAGGAUUCCCACUGCCGAACGCAAGACCUGGAGUCGUGGUUGGGUUGCGACCAGACCGGAUUAAUAAGACCGACGACAUCUUGCAACAAAACAGAACCACUUGCCGGAAACCUGGCGUGAAAUAUCCAAUAGGCAUCACCUUCGACGAGCUGCGCGCCGCCCUGGAGGAGGCGCGAGUGCUUCUCAUAGAUAUUCGUCAGCCGUGGGAGCUGCGGGAGACCGGACGCCUUCCCUGGAGCAACAACCUGCCAUUGCCUGAGUUGGAGGAGGCGGUGCAGCUGAGCGAAAACGCCUUCAUGGAGCGCUAUGGGUUUCCGAAGCCCAUGCCGGAGGACGACAACGUGGUGCUCACAUGUAGGUCCGGACGGCGGGUGCAGCGGGCGUGGGAUCUGCUCGAGCCUUACGGAUACUGCAACGUGAGGCUGUACUUUGGUUCCUAUCUUGAUUGGAAGAGUCGAGGAGGUCCUUUGCUCCCUGUGCCGCCCUCCCGUAGGCCCUGAAGGACAUGGACAUCGAAAUUCCUCUUCGCCGUUCUCCUCGUCCUCCUCAACUCUCUCCUCCUCCACCUCCUCGUCCUCCUCCGCGUCGCCUUCAUUUUUUCUUCCUCCUCUCCUUGCUUUGCUUCGCGCUGAGCUCAAUAAACUAUUAUUAGUACGAU